AUGAAUAUUGAUUUUCCCACAGGUAUUGCGAAAAUUUCAUGUGGAGAUCAAUCAGUAGAAAUUAAAAUUUUUGAGGUACCAAAUGAUCUUAAGAAAUCACAAGUAUAUGAUUGUCAUACCAUAGAUCUUCUAGAUGAUUUUGAUGAUCCAGAUGUUAUUGAUGACUGUGUGCUGGAAGAAUUAGAGGAAAUAGAGAAUAUAAAUUUGGGAGAAAAGAAAGAGGAAGAUCAUCUGAAUUUAGAGUUGAAACCUCUUCCCUCUAGUUUAAAAUAUAUGUUUUUGGAGGAAAAUAAUUCAUUUCUUGUUAUUAUUGCAGCUGAUUUGAGUGAUGAACAGGAAGAAGAAUUAUUAGAUGUACUUCGAAAAAAUAAGAAGGCUAUGGGCUGGAAAAUGAACGAUCUAAGGGGCAUUGAUAUGAGUGUAUGCAUGCAUAGUAUAUAUCUAGAGGAGGGGGCCAGAACUAGCAGGGAACCACAACGAAGAUUAAAUCCUAACAUGAUGGAAAUUGUAAAAAAAGAAAUUUUAAAGUGGCUGGCUGCUGAUAUUAUUUAUCCUAUUUUAGAUAGCAAAUGGGUUAGUCCUACACAAGUAGUGCCAAAAAAAUCAGGGAUCAUGGUUAUAAAAAACGAAAAUGGGGAUGAAAUACAAACAAGAUUAACUACCGGUUGGAGGGUUUGCAUUGAUUAUAGAAAAUUAAAUUCAGUUACUAGAAAAGAUCAUUUUCCCCUACCAUUUACUGAUCAAAUUCUAGAAAAAUUAGCUGGAAAAAACUUUUUUUGUUUUCUAGAUGGAUACUCUGGUUAUAAUCAAAUUUAUAUAAACCCUUUAGAUCAAGAAAAAAUAACUUUCACUUGUCCAUUUGGUACUUUUGCUUUUAAACGCAUGCCUUUUGGUCUGUGUAAUGCUCCAGCCACAUUUCAAAGAUGUAUGCUGUCUAUUUUUUCUGAUAUGAUUGGAAAAUGCAUGGAAAUUUUUAUGGACGAUUUUUCUAUUUUUGGUGAAUCAUUUGAUGAAUGCUUAAAUCAUUUACAGCAUGUACUUGAGAAAUGCAUAGAGAAAAAAUUAGUUUUGAGUUGGGAGAAAUCACAUUUUAUGGUUAAAGAAGGAGUUGUGUUGGGUCAUAUUGUGAGUAAAAGGGGUUUAGAGGUGGAUAGAGCAAAAAUUGAUAUUAUAUCUAAAAUGAAACCUCCAAAUUCAGUAAAACAGAUUAGAUCUUUCUUGGGUCAUGCAGGUUAUUACAGAAAAUUUAUUCAAGAUUUUUUGAAGAUUUCUAAACCUCUCACCAUGCUAUUAUCUAAAUAUGUGCCUUUUAAUUUUGAUGAGAAAUGUUUUGAGUCUUUUUCCGAAAUAAAAAGAUUACUUACUGAGGCACCCAUUUUACAAGCUCUUGAUUGGUCCCUUCCCUUUGAAAUAAUGUGUGAUGCAUCGAAUUAUGCAGUGGGGGCCGUUCUAGGACAAACAAAAGAGUCAAAACCCAUAGUAAUUUCAUAUGCUAGUAAAACUAUAUCCGAUGCUCAAUUAAAUUAUACCACGACUGAAAAAGAGUUGUUAGUUGUAGUAUUUUUGUUAGAAAGGUUUAGAUCAUAUAUUUUGGGAGCUAAAAUUAUUAUUUAUACUGAUCAUGCAGCAUUAAAAUAUCUGUUAAAUAAGAAAGAUGCAAAGCCACGUUUAUUAAGAUGGAUUUUAUUGUUGCAGGAAUUUGACUUAGAAAUAAAAGAUAAAAAAGGUUUCGAGAAUGCUGUUGCUGACCAUCUUUCUAGAUUAAGUGACACAGGAAUAAAUGCAGCACCUUUACAAGACGCAUUUCCAGAUGAACAAUUGAUGGCAGCUCAACAUCAACCAUCACCAUGGUAUGCACAUAUUGUUAAUUUUCUGGUUUCUGGAAAAACUCUAGAACAGUGGGAUAAGAAUAGAAAACAUCAUUUCUUUUCUAAGAUUAGAAAUUAUUUUUGGCAUGAUCUUGAUUUAUAUUACUUGGGCAAUGAUCAAAUUUUAAGGAGAUGUGUUCCUGAAGAAGAAUACCAUAGCAUUAUUAACAUGUGCCAUUCAUCUAACUGUGGAGGACACUUCUUUGGACGAAAAACAGCUGCAAAAAUUUUUCAAUGUGGUUUUUAUUGGCCUACAAUCAUUAGAGAUUCUAUAGAAUUUAGUAGAACAGAUAUUUCAUGCCAAUCUAUAGGUAACAUGAGUAAAAAAGAUGAAAUGCCCAUGAGUAACAUGUUAGUAGUCGAAAUUUUUGAUGUAUGGAGAAUAGAUUUCAUGGGUCCCUUCCCAUCAGCUGAAAAAUAUGAAUAUAUUUUGCUUGCUGUUGAUUAUGUGUCGAAGUGGGUGGAAGCUAUUCCUACUAGAACUAAUGAUCAUAAAAUCGUGAUGAAAUUUGUGCAGGAAAAUAUUUUUUCGAGAUUUGGAUGUCCUAGAGUGAUUAUUAGUGAUGGAGGAACACAUUUUACAAAUAAAAAUUUCAGAGAACUGUUGAAAAAGAAUGGAGUACACCAUAGAGUAGCCACUCCAUAUCAUCCCCAAACAAAUGGGCAAGCUGAAGUAGCAAAUAGGGAAAUUCAGAGAAUUUUGAGAAAAAUAGUUAGACCAGAUAGGAAAGAUUGGCCCACGAAAUUACAAGAUGCAUUAUGGGCUUAUAGAACAGCUUAUAAAAAUCCCAUAGGUAUGUCUCCAUUUCGUCUCAUUUUUGGAAAGCCAUGUCAUCUUCCUAUGGAAAUAGAGCAUAA